AUGACCUCGUCUACAGAUAACAGGAAAACCAUGGCAGAUGCCUUCAAGGCUGAAGGGAAUGCGUUAUAUACGAAGGGUGACUACAAAGCUGCAUACGAUAAAUACACCGAGGCAAUCAAAUCCGACGAGACAAACGCGGUGCUGUUCUCGAAUCAGGCGGCUUGCAGCCUUGCUAUGAAAGAGUACCUAAACGCAGCUUCCGAUGCAAUCCAGGCCAUCCGCAAAGACCCCAAUUUUUCCAAGGGAUGGGCUCGCCUAGGAAUGGGGCGGCAUGAACUGGGCCACUUCGACGGGAGUAUUCACGCAUGGAAGAAAGCAUUGGAAUGUCUCCCGCAGGAAAAUCUUUCCGAAGUCGAGCGCAGACUAAGACAGCAGUAUGAAGCAGGAUUGAAGGCAGCCAGCGACGCGAAAGCACGACCGCGACAGCCGAAGGUGAAUGUCGGAGAUCUCACAGUCGACGACGUGGCGCAAGGAAUACUGCCUAUUUCACGUGCGCUCGCCUUGUUAAACAAGCUACCUGCCGGUAAGCAGUACAAUAGCAGCGCAUGGGUCAUCGUUCACGCACACCGAGCAAUCACGUUGCUCAGUGAUGGAAUCCUCCGGGAUGUGCGUGCGUCUACCUUGGAUGGACCAAUAUUGCUCGAAAUGUUCCAUACACAAGUUGCGUUGGAGAACAGCGUUUAUAAUGCAUGGGCACACGACGCACCCGACGUCGUUAUUGAAAAAGCAUCCAAGCGAUUGGAGUUACACGGCUGGGAUGCUGUAAUGCCGGCAUUGUCGUUGACCGUUAGGUGGAUCUAUAAUGUCCUUGAGUUGAAAGCGGCGACAUUUACGGUAUUCUUAAACAGGUUCUGGAUUCUGAAGGGACACCUCGCCCGCAACUCCGAACCUGACCAGUCGGCGGCCAUGCAAUAUUACGACGGUGCAGUAAGUGUGCUGGACUGGGGUUCCAAGACACGGGAUGCCCCGAAAGGCCCAGGUUCCAUAUUCAACAAGGCUUUUAUGAGAGGUGUAGUGCGCCUCCGGAUAGAAAGCUACCGCAUGGCAUACAAGUAUUUUGACAAAGACAGAUAUAUCAUGCUGCUUGAUGUCAUCAUGACUCUAGCUAAAAAUUUGAUUGAGGAAAUUGAAGCCAAUCCGCUAACAGAAGCUGAAGAGAGCCAGAUUCAUACGGGAUUCGCCCUUUCUUUCUGGCACUAUCCUAGAGCCUCUGCAUAUGCGACGCGGGGUCUUUGCUUUUUGGAGCUGGGCUUGGCAGCAAGACGUCAUGGUCAAGACAGAGUAGCAACCAAGUCAUUCGCAGAUGCUGCAGAAAUGUAUAUGACAGCUGCUGACUGUCUGCCAGAAGACGAGGAAUUGCAUGCUUACUUCCUGAAAAUCGCUUUCGAGACUUACUGGUUCCGUGGCCUGCCGCUGAGAGAAACAUUGGCGCUGUGUUCCAAGAUCAACAGGUCGCUCCCCAAGGUCGCAGAGAUAUGGGAGUACAGUCAAUUCUCAAGUCGGUGGAGCGAACAUGUCGAUGAGCUGAAGCGUUUCGAGAGUGAAGCGCUCGACGGCCUGUUGGAGGGCAGAUACACAAUGGAAACGCUAGCUUACUUUCAUCGUGCGCCAGAAACGCCAUCUCAGCUCUCGGAAGAUGGGGCAAUGCCGGUGUUUGUUAUGCUGCGAUCGCGACAUGAAAUGCCAUCUCCCACGUGGAUGGUGGCGUCAUCUUCGGGAUCACAUCCUUGGAUAUUCAUCUCGGUGUAUGACUGCCAUCACAAUGCUCCGAGCGAUGAUGUAGAAAUCGCUCUAUCUUACGCCCAAUGCGGCGGGAUGAUCCUAGCUAUUCUCAUUGGUAUCUGCAAUACCGUCCGGGCCCGUGUGACCCCUGGAAAUGAAAAGAAGGUGUACCCGAGUCAGGAAGAAGUCGAUGUCCUCGCGGACGGCACUUGCAUUGUCCAUCCGCAACGUGCCACUCGGCCUCUGAAGCCACGAAGACUGACGUCUCCGCCGCACGAAGGUGGAGAGACUGCGGGUAGAGUCACAGAAACAAGGGAGCAUUCGUAUGCGCUUAGCGUUGCGGAUCAGAGGUCGUCCGCGGAGGCAAUAGAGAUCAAGGCUCGGCUCGUCGCGCCUCCGGAUAUGUUUGACGCCUCCCAGCCUAUAAAGACGGAGUCACCGCCUCUCCAUCUUAUAAAGACAGAGUCACCGCCUCCGUCUACCUCGCUCUGGAAUAUCGUCAAGCAGUACGGUUCGUACAGCGACUGCUUCCAGUCUUUGGACUGGUCACAUAGCGGUACUAUAGAUGGUAGACAAGACGCGUCAUGCUUCAUUUUUCCGUGUCAGGAGGCAACCGCGUCUCCCAUCGACCGGUGUUUCUCCCGUUCCAGCUUCAGCACGAGUUCGUCCGAAUCCGACUGUUUCUCAACUCCGGAGCCAGGGACGAGCACCUUCGCAAGUGCCGCAGCUGCGGGCCCAUAUCAAGCUGCCGUCCCUGAUAUUGCAAUGUUUGACAGUUCAUCAGCUGCACCAUUCGAUGCCUACAGCAACCUUGAUUUUGGCGGCGCCAUUGACGUUACUGCCGUUUUACCUUCGGACUGCUCAGAUCUGUCAGUGCCACAGAUACAGAUGCCUGGGGUAACGUUCCCGUGGAACCCUUCCCAUAACAUGUCUGGCGCGCACGACUACUCCCAACUCUCGCAUCCAGAUCUAGCUCUCCAUCAACUCCUGUCACAGUUUGUAGCAUCAGGCCCUGACGGCAGCGCCUUCACAUCUUCGUAUUCUAUCCCUCCGCAGCUCCUGCCUGACACGACAUCCGAGUCGUCUAGUUUCAUCACACUUUCGCACGAUCUGCCGCACGCCACGGUCAUCGCACAGAUACCUAUUCACCAGCCUCGGCCACGUAAACACGAGAUUCUGGCCCGAAGGGACAAGGAGCGGCUGGAGAAACUGGCCGCGAUGACUAUCGACUCAUUACCUCCGACUUGCGACUUCCUGGUGGCUCAGGAGCCCGAGAACCCCGACGGCAUGCAAGGAAUUGACCUGCAUGAUGACAAUGUAUCCGCGCACCGUCUCGACUCAACGCCAUCAAAUGUCGUGGGACCUAGUAUAUGUCUCGGAUCGGGUGGCACGCUCAGCCCCUCUGCGCUGCUCCUGCAGUCUGUCUCUGACUCUGUCAUGCACGGCCCAUUACCUCACGCCGCGGAUGCGAGCUCGGCCAUCGAGGCCGCGUGCAAUUGGCAACUUGAGGAGCUCUUUCCGCCGAGUGGACUGGUCGUGGCUUGGUCCGGUAACGCAUUCCUCAUGAACUUUAAGCAUGAUCGCACAUACUACGUGUCAUUCCCUCAUACCGUUUCGUCGGCAGCACUAUCAUUAUUGUUCAUAGCAAUUCCUCUCGUACGCAGCGUCCCGCACUGCUUCAGUCCCUCGCGAUUACCGGCUCCGGCGAACUUGCAUUCGGCGCUGGAUCCUAAGCGCUUAGCAGUGACGCCACGCACCAACGCCAGCAGGCCCUUACCGAGAGGUCCACACGUCCAGACUUUCAUCUCCUUGCCAGCCCUUGGCUUCCUCGCACAACAUACAGCGACUGGACGAGGUAUUAGUCGCCGACUUAUGUCGAUCAAGGCCUUGUUCUAUGCAUAUAUCCUCGGCGGCAUCACAUUCCUCCCUCUGGUCAUCAUAGGAGCCAUCUUCUAUACUGUCUACACCUCGGUCCCUAUCCCCGAUACAGACAAUGAUGACAAGAAGCUAGAGGUAGCCGAGCCUGUCGAUCUGCCUUCGACGACGUCUGCACCGUCCCUUUCUGAUGUGAACGACCUGCCGAAGGUGCGCAAAGGCUGGCUUACAGUCCGCCGAACGUUCAAGGAGCAACCCUCGGAGGCGUCCUACGUAGGCAUGGUGCGGGGAUUCCUUGAUGCGCGCUCCAAGGACGCGAAGCGUUCGCGGCCUAAGGACCUGUGGUACGUGGUGCUCAAGGGCAAGGUGUUGUAUCUGUAUGAGGACGAGAGUAUGACGGAGUGCGAGGCAGCCAUCGAGCUUGGCGGCCACGACGUCGUCAUAUUCCCCGAGGGCCUUGCGGACGGCGAGCUGUUCUCCAAGCGCAAUGCGAUCUGCAUGAAGCCGCGGGUUGCGCCCCACUCUAAGGAGCUGCCCAGCGUCACGAGGGAGAUGGUCAUGGAGUCUGAGAACGUGGACGAGAAGGUCGAGGAGAUGGGCGGCGGCCCGAAGGAGAAGCAGCGGGAACGCGAGAGGCUGGUGGAAGUGGAGAAGCAGCGCGAGGAGGCUCGGGACCAGGCCCUCGACAUCGCGACUCCGUGGUUCAUAUUCGUCAAGUCGGUGGUGGAGAUGGAGGACUGGCACCACGCCCUCGUUCACGCGUCAGACCAUCCCGCAAAUGCACCGACACUUGCUCCUCUGGAGCCUGUCUUCUGGCCGGCAGACAUGAACCGUUUAGUAGAGACCCUGGACGAGCAACCGGACAUCAUUCCCAUGCGAUGGCUCAAUGCUCUCAUCGGCCGACUCUUCUUCAGCUAUUAUCGUACACAGACUUUGGAGUCGUACAUCAUUGGCCGCCUAAUGAAGAAGAUCUCAAAGGUGAAGAGGCCAGGCUUCCUUUCAGACGUUGUCGUCCGAGAGGUGUCUGUCGGUAACAAAGCACCUACAUUCAGCAAGCCCAUGCUGAAGGAGCUCACAAAGGAGGGAGACGCGUCUCUCGAGCUCCAACUGCAUUACAAGGGCGAGGUGCGGAUCACCGUUGAAGCUACUGCAACAAUCAACCUCGGGGCGCGGUUCAAAACGUAUACUGUCAAGCUGGUACUGGCGCUUGUCAUCAGAGAGAUUGAGGGCAACUUGCUGGUCAAAGUGAAGCGUCCGCCUAGCAGUCGCAUUUGGUAUGCAUUCACGCAAAUGCCGAGGAUUGUCAUGGACGUCGAGCCGGUGAUUCAAGAGUCGGUUGUCAUGCCGAACAUGGAUGAUAUAUCUUUCUUCGAGAGCUCUAGGUACCAACACCGCGGAGGUAUUUGGGCUGACGCCUCUCGCCGUGAAACGUCGCCCCCAUAUUCACCCGAAGAUACUUCUCAAGAUGACUCUCGUUCCACCGCUUCUGCACCUGCUUCCGAGUUACUCAGGCCUACAGAUCCGGAGCAUCCUCCCAUACAACGCUCGCACUCCGCUGAAGAAGCUGCCCUGGAAAACAAGAUAUCCUCCGAGCCUCAGAUCUUGUUGACUGAUCCGCGCCGCACCUCGCCCAGCGUGCCGUCCACACCAGACACAGGCAGCAAGCGCAGGAGCUGGUUCGGGGCCCCUCGUGACGAUGAGCCAAGCACACCCAAUUCGCUUCACCCCCAUCAGGAUGAAAACGACGAAUCUGAACAGCGAGACAACUCGGCGAUCAUCCUCGCAGCACUCGCAGGCGUCCUCGUCCCGCGAAACCUCGGCACCACUCUCCUCGGACGACGAAUCUUCCGGGACAGGGGCCGAAUCAAGCUCUGCGUCUUCCUCAUGGCGGCCCAAGACCAUCGCGGCGAGGUGAUGUCCAUGGGGUACGCGCCCCCGCUCCCGCCUGCGUCCGCGGAACAGAAGAAGCCGGCAAUCCAGAGUGUGUACCGCUUGUGGAAGAACCCCAGCACUUCUGGGUCUCAGCCCCGCGUCGCAGGUGCACUACCCGAGACGCAGGUCGGCUUCGCGGGACGCGAUGAGGACGCGGCAGGCGAUGCGCAGUCCGAGAUGCUCGCCCCGCGGCCGGUGCCCCCGCCGCUGCCUCCCCGCUCAAAUUCCGCGGUCGCGCUGCAGGGAAGGCAGGACGCAGCAGGCGGCGGUGCGUCGUCGGCGUCUGCGGUCCUCCAGUCGAUCGUGUCGAAGGACAGGACCAGGCGUGAGUCGCUUGAGCCGGCAGGCGAGGAGGGUGCGAACAGCACGAGUUCCGCGUCGACGUCUGUACCUGCAGGGGCGCCCCCUCCUCUGCCAGCGAGAUCGGCGGCGGCGACUGUGAAACCACCUGCGCUGCCGCCGAGGAGACCGUCAGGCCUGACGGCUGCUCCUGCUCCUGCUACUGUGUAG